AUGGCACCGCUGCCACUCGGGCACCUGGGCUCGCCCGCCUCGUCGCCGCCCACCUCGCCUCACUUCCUCGCCUCAUCCCCGCUCGCUCCGCCCUCUCCCUCGCCAACGCACUCGCCCGCCCACCAGCAGCAGUACCACCACGACGACUAUGCCCACAUCGUCCGCUCCCUCCACCGUCGCUCGACCGACCGCGUCUCGCUCGCCGCCCUCGCCUCGUCCUCGUCCCCGGCCUCGUCGAGCCGCGCCGCCGACCCGCACCCCGUGCCGGCACUCGAGGCCGACCUGCGCCUCGCCGCCCAGAUCGGCCAGACGCUCCUCGCCGACAAGACGGCCCUGCAGGGCAGACUCGACGCCGCCGAGCGCGCAAAGGGCAAGCUCCUCGACCGCUUGACGGCCAGUGUCAAGGAGGGCAACGGCCUGCAACGGCGCCUCGAGGAGACGGUCGCCAACCUCGAGAACGCCGACGCGUCCAACCGCGCUCUCCUCGUCUCGCUCGAGGAGGACCGCAAGACCAUCUCGCGCCUGUCGUCCGACGCCGGCCGCUCGAUCCAGGCCCACGCCCAGCUCUCGAACCUCCAGCGCGCGCACGACGACCUGCGGCAAGAGCUCGCCGCCGAGCGCCGCCGCGCCGACGCCGCCGACGCCAAGGCGCGCAAGCUCGCCGAGCGCGCCACCGAGCUCGAGGAGCGCCUGCGCAGGGCGACGGCCGACCUCGAGGAGAUGCGCCAGGACAAGGUCCUCAACGCGCGCCGCAGCCUCGACGCGCUCAACCGCGCUCGCGCCGCCGCCGCCGGCUCGUCCUCGUCGGCCAAGCCGGGCCUGCCGCGCAUCGGCGCCCUUGCGCCGCUCGUCCCUGCAGAUGGCAGCGGCGGACCCGGCGGCGGCGGCACCGAGAUCGAGGCGCAGCUCAGCGACAACCCCGAGGCCAAGGAGCUCCUGCGCAUGGUCGAGACGCUCGCGCGCGAGAACACGCUCCUGCGCAGCGAGAGCAUGGAACUCCGCGGCCUCCUCGACGACUCGCGCGACGAGCAGUGCGACCUGCGCAGCGCCAUGGCGCUCGGCGAGCGCGAGCCGCUCCCCGAGGAGGACGAGCGCGCGCUCGAGCAGGACGACGAGCUCGGCGGGCGAGGCGGCUUCGACGCGCCUCGGCGGCUCUCGCUCGCGUCGCCGAGGGUCCCGCAGCAGGACUCGCCCGCACUCGACGACGGCGCGUCGGUGGGAGCGUCGAGCGUUGCCGAGCCGGCGUUCACGUCCUGGACGAGCAGCGCGUUCCUCGCCCAGUCGCAUUCGUCGCGCGCCGCCGAGCUGAGUCGCACGCUCAGUGCGGGCUCGUCAUCGUCGCUGGGAGCGGCGGCGGCAAGUGGCGUCGACGAGCCGCAGAGCCGGCGCAUCGGCGUCGGCGCACGGCCACCGCCGGUCACGAGCGCGAGCACGGGCGCGCUCGGCAUGGGCAGGAGGUCCGUCGGUCCGGCGGCGAGAGGGCACAGCAGGAGGGCGAUGAGCAUGGACGUCACGCCGCAGGUCAAGUCGCUCAUCAGCAGCGCCCCGACCUCUCCCCGCAUCGACGAGUACUCGCCCUCGACCCGCCCGGCGUCCAUCUUCAGCAACGCGAGCGAGGACGUCGAGCCUCGUCCCCGCCGGCACCACCGCCCCCUGUCGCUCUCGCUCGGCCCGAGCGUCUUCCCGCUCGUGCCCGAGGACGACCAGGACAGCGGCAUCGUGUCGCCGUUCACUCGGCAACCCGCCAACUCGCACCGCCGCCGCUCGAGCCAGGCGCCGUCGCUCACCGGCCUCGGGCUUGGACUCGCAUCGCCUCGACCGACCAGUCGCCCGAGGCGGUCUCGCUCGCCUGAGCGCGUCGAGAUGGCGACGCAGACGACGCCGCCGCGUCGAGCUGCCGAGGCGCGCGCCCCGAGCCCGCCCCGGGUCCUGUCGCCGUCGCCCGGGCCUUCCACCCCUCGAUCCCGCUCGCCACGUCUGUCGCGCAGCCCGUCGCCUCGACUCGGCCCCGCACCAUCCUCGUCCUCGUCCGUCCAUUCCGCCGAGACGCCCGCUCAACCACCUGUCGAGCGCCCGAGCAGCCGGGCAGAACAGCGCACGGCGGCGCUCGGACAGCUCAUCGAGCAUGCCGCCAAGCUCCUCGGCCGGGUCCAAGGCGCCGACAUCGCGACGCAGGAGAAGCGUCUGCGGAAGCAGAACCUGCCCGGCGACGUGCGGCACCUGGCGCACGCCAACCUGCGCGACCUUGUCAACGAGAUCGACUCGGUCCGGACGCACUUCCGCCGGGUCGUCGAGCUCGAGCGCGCCGCACAAGCCCGAUCGUCCUCGCCAAGCUCGUCUGCGCACGGUCCGCCCAGCCUCGACACGUCGCUCGUCACUCGCCGCGACUUUGUCUCGCUCGUCAAGCUCGUGCGCGACCUCCUGUUCGAGUCGUCGCGGCUGCGCAUGCUCGUCAACCGCGUCCAGCUCGACCCGGCGCUCGCGACCUCGCUCAAGGACCUCGACGUGCCGGACGCGAUCGACGCGCUUGACGCGCAGCGGUCGCGUCUCGGUCCCGGGUCGGCCCAGCCCGGUGCGGCAGCGUCGUCUUCGUCGUCAGCGGCGGCCGCAGCAACAGCAGGCGGGCUGCUUGCGCCGCUGUCGAGGCUGUUCGGCGCCGGGCCCGACUCGGCGGAGCAGCACUCGGCUCUCGCGCACAAGGCGAGCACGGCGCAACUGCGUCCGCCCAUGGCCAAGCGCGGCGGGAGCAGCACGGUCAGCACGGCGACGGUCAACGUCGAGUUUGGGAGCGGGCAGGUGCGCCAGGCCGAGAGCGCCGGCUCGCCCGUCGGGCCGUCGCUCGCCUCGCCGUCCUCGUCGGCGGGAGGGGCAGCGACGACGGGCAGAUCGUCGUCCAAGCCGAGGCAGGCGCAGGUCAAGCGCGACCUCGCGAGCAUCUUUGCCGGCGCGUCGAGCCGGUCGACCGGCGGCGAGCAGCACCCGCACUCGUCGUCGUCUUCGGCAGCCGGCCACCUCCUCACGGGCGCAGCGCCUAUUCCUCGAGCGCACGAGCACGCCGUCGGCGCAGGUGCGCCCGCAGGACGACUCGCAUCGUCGGCCUUCUCGUCGGCGGCGUCGUACAUCCCGUUCGGCCGCCUCCUUUCGUCCUAUCGCCCUGCGCUCAGCAGCACGACCAACGCCGUCCUCGACUCGAUGCCUCACUCGUCCUCCUCGGGCGUCAACGGCGCUCGGCAUGCGUCGUCGUCGACGUCGUCUGCGACCGACGAGCGCCCGCCCACGCUCCUCGAGCGGCAGCUGCGCCCUCGCGGCCUGAGCGACUCGUCGAUCCGCUCGACGUUCGUCGCGCACGCCAACCCGCAUCACCGACUCGUCACGGCCGCCGGGCUCGCGCUCAGUGCCGAACCGGCGCGCGCCACCGCCAUCGCGACUGCGACGGCGGCCGACUCGGACACGGCGGCCGGCGUGUCGUCGCUCGGCACGUCGGUCGGCGCUGCAGGCGCAGGCGCGAUGGACGCGCUCCGGGUGCAGCUCGACGAGGCUGCGCUCGGACUCGGGCUCGGCGUCGGGCCGGGCGGCAAGAGCGUGUCGCGCCGGCCGUCGGCGGCGCAGCUGCGCGCAAAGGCCUCGUCGUCCCGCCUGCGCGAGUCGUCCUCGGCGCACACGUCCGCAGACGUGCCGCCGGUACCGCCGCUGCCCAAGGUCAUGGUGGUCCCGACGCCGUCGAGCGCGGCGACGAGCGAGUCGUCGUUGUCCUUCCUCGGCUCGCCGCCUCUCGCCUCGCCCUCCUCGACGACGGCCACCACGGCGACGGCCACGACGCAGCCCAUCUCAAUCUCGCCGUCGUCGACAAGCUCGCUCGGCGCCGCAGCCGCCUCGCUGUCGCAGUCGCAGUCGUCGUCCGGCCACGGCGCCGGGGCAGGAGCCGGUGCGGGCGCGACGAGCCUCCUCGGGUCGCUCGCGAGCAGCGCGUUCGGGAGCUUGGCCAAGCAGGCGACGGGAGCGGGCAUGGGCGACUGGAAGGAGCGAGGGCGAAUGGGCUGA